GAUGAUCUUGUGACUUGCUCGCGCUGGCGGCAAGAUGAAAUUUCACUGGUUGCUACCCAUAUUAAUGAUAAUCCUUGUACAGCUUGUGAGAUGUCAGGAGAAUGGAUGUUCUAGAAGCCGUUCAAGAGUGGCACAGUCAAUUUUGGAUAAGUCUUUUCUAGCCAUCAUGCAGAAAGAAGGACUAAGUCCUGACACAGAAUGUCUACUGAUGCCCGAGAGGAACAUGUACUGGGACAAUGAAAGACACAAGUGGUCGGAGCUUGCAAACAAUUGGAACUGUCUCUACUGCGGAAAAUCCUUCUACAAUGAGCACCAUAUCGACAAUCAUUAUGAUAAUCGGCAUAGCAACACAGUAUUGAGGGGACCUGAAGCAGUUUGUCUCGCCGAUCAUUGUGAUUACCUGCGUUGCGACAUCAUAUCUAGUGCUAAAAAGACAUCUUUUUGGGAAGAAGCUCUCUGCAAACAAAAGGAUCUCCUUGCUCUAAAAAAGAAAUGUCAGAAUAUAAUGAAGGCGUGUGUCCCAACUCACAUUUCAGAUGCAGAGAAGAAGAGUAUACUAGAAAAACUGGAUAAUGCUGUGUGCUCAUUUCUGACUUGUGAAAAUUACUGGGAGAAUCCAUACAAAGAGGUGGCACCUACAAGAACUGCAGCCUACUUCAUUGCAGCAAUCUUCACUGUGUUUGGUUUCAUCAUGUACUAUUGCUUGGCGUGCUCUCACCUUUUCUCUGACGAGAAGUUCCUUGGAGAUAGUGAUGGUUUAAUACGAGAGAGGUCUAAAGUACCAGACAGUCGUCGCUAUGUCAGUUACCCGGCUGAAGGUCAGUCAAUACGAAACAGGCAAGGCAUGAUUGGAGACAGGUGACAACAGUGUUUGCAUUUAAGCUGUAACUAGAUGUAUUGGUGCGUUAACAAAAGAAUUCAGGCUUGAUAUUAAACAAUCUUCAUGAAAUAAGGUCUGAGUUUGGGAUUUUAAUGCAUGAGCUCAUUUAUGAGCUCAUGCAUGAGUACAUGAGCAUCAACCUCUAAACAACAGAACAUUUAUUAAUGUCAGGAUGUUGGAAUUAUUUUGUUUUAAAUGGCUCUCAAUUGAAUUGUACUAUUUAUCAUUGAUAACCAGCCUCUUGAUGUAAGGUCUUGGAUUUAGAUUUUCAUUUGUUUGCCUUUAGUUUAUGAGCUUCGACUUCCAGACAUCAGAAGAGUUGGAGAAUCCUUUGUUGAUCACCGAACAGAUCCAUCUGGACCAUGUUUCGACGAGCAUGUAAUCAAUCUCCAAAUGUGAGAAUUUUUUAAAGAAUUGGUCUCAGCCAGUCAAGUUUACUGUUUGAGUUUACUAUGUCAGUAGCUCAUAACAAUACAUCUUGUUAUUUACCAUUAAUAACAAACUUCAUGAAAUAUGGCCUGAGUUAGGCAUUUUAAUUCCUGGGCCUUCCUUAGAAAUAAAAGUUCAUAAAUAGCUCACCUUCAAGAUUGCUCUUUAAUGUAUGCACGACAAGUUAUUUUUCACUUUUCUAUGAAAUAUCGUAAUGAAAUCAUGAAACCGAAAUGGCACUUGGGAGAUUUUUUUAUUGCAACAAAAGAACAGAUGUAAAGAAAUAGAAAUAGUGUGUAUUUUGCUGUACAUGUGGCAAGCUAGAAUCAGAUGAUGUGGUUAAUGAUAUAUUUGACAAGCACUUUAUAGAGAUGUAACUUUUCUUAGUAUCACUUGAACCUUCUCUUUUCACCAUCAUCAGAGCUACUUUCAACAGAAAAUAAUUAUAAGAUCACCAUAUUUACACAUCUUUUUGUCAAAUUGCCCCACAGAGGCUGCACACAUGCACCUCCAACAAGCAAUCAUUUUGAUGUUGUUUUUUUUGUUUUGUAAUAAUAUUUAUUAAUCAUUCAGUUCAAAAUCAAAGUGUGUAUGAUACAUUGUA